AUGAGAGAGGUUAAAAGCCCUGGGAACGAUGCUGAAGAACUCACACAAACCAAAUUCAUUUCAGAAUGGGUAUGUACUUACUGAUGACUGAGCUAAAACACCCUGUAUUCAACUUCCCGCUCAACUUUUGAUGCAACAACAUUACAAGCAAGGACUGGUAGGUUCGCACGGUAAUCGUCACGUGACCACCUAAAGUCAACUAGAGUGCGAUUUGAAUUAUCCAGUCGUACCGAGAGGAAAAAAAAAAUUUCAGAGCAUAAUUUCAUUUAACGAGAACUUUAUGCUUUGUAAAGGACAUUAGGGAGCACGACAGAUUUAAGGCCAUAUAUUUUCUGCAUAAUUUAUCUCGGCUUACGGACUGAUCUGUACUCAACUUUGCACUUAAUUUCUAUCACUGAAGAAAAGUAGGAACUAUCGAUCAAAAAGCUGUCGAAAGUGUCACAAAACAGAUAAAAAAGGCAAGCCUCUUGCUAUCUCUUCAUUUUAAUUUGUUUGAUUGGUGACGAACGAUAUUUACAAAGAAGAAAAAAGGAUAAAGAAAGAAAGAAAGACUUUGAAAGCACAGUCUAACAAGUCUAACCGUAAGCUGAUGUAGAAAACGAAGUCUUCGACUAGCUGGUAAGUAUAUUGAGACCAUACAACCGCAUACCCUAUAAAGUAAGUUUUAAAGAAUUUUAAAAACAUGGUUGCGCAUACAUCUGAUGAUUAUCAGUUUGCCUUAAGCCUUCUGGAUUUUUAAGUGAGGGAGGAAUAACAUAUUUAUGAAUUAAAAACUGCCGAACUGACAGUAUCCGCCACAAUAAAAUCCUUAGGACUGUAUAUAAGUACGGUUGAAGUUCCUGACCCUCAUUUUUUCAGUUUUUCAUUCACCCCCCGACUGAGUAUAAAGUGAGUGUGUAUCAAUAACGACUGCAUGGCAAACAAGUACCACAGAGAAUAAAAGCUCUUCAUGGAUGAUUACAGUAAAAAGUACUCUCUUGGCAGUGCUUUUCUUCGUAACAGAAGCGUUGAUACUAAGGGAAUAAGAUCAAGUAAGAUGGGUUAAGGGCUCCUGGUUACGGUAAUUGAAAACUCGGCGGAACAUGUACGUGCUUACUUUGUAAUUAUAUUGAUAAACAGAACUGUGUCCCGCGGCUGUUCAUGAUCGAUAUAUUGAUUGUCUCAGGUCAUUUUUUGCAUCACGUUUUAAAAACAAUUAAUUCCGGAAAUUAUCUUUCUAUUGUAUACAUAGGAAGAAAUCAGGCUCCAGAAUUUGUAUGACCAAAUGAAAUUUAUUGAAAUUAAGUGCGUGCGGGUGUCGAAUAAAGUGUACUAGAAACACAGAGAUAACUUCAUCUUAUUUAAUAUGACUAAUCUUCUCUCGCUCUUUGAUGCCUACAGAUAUCCAGAACUGAUAAUAUUGACUAUUAUCUGGUGAAACCUUUAGAAAUAUCAAUAAAACCGUAAUACUAAAAAACGCAAAAGAAUAGAUAAGUCGAAUAAACCUCUUUGGCCGACCCGAGUAGCACGAAGAAGUCCUCAGUGUAUAGCGGCCUGGAUUUACUUUGAAAAUGAUAGGUGAAAUAAAUCAUAUUUGUGAAUUGCGAUGAAGUGGAAAGUGAAUUCUGAUCUGGCUCCGCGAAUUGAGCCCUAAUUACCUUGGUGGCCGGAAAAAAAAAUUGAAGCGAUCGCUUCUGGGAACUUUUAUUCUCUUAUCCUUCGCUUAUUUUAAGUCUAUUCCAUCCCCUGUGGAAAAACAACUUGUAUUGGUUCGACUGAUGAACCGAACAAGUUGAUUGAAUAAUUAUCCCUGGCCUUGCCUUUGGCAAUAUACGAGGCUUUGUUAGAGACGUAUUGACAACAGUCAAGUGUUUGUUGACAUUUAAUCAAUAGCUUCAAUUUUCUAUGCAGCAUUUUAGUAGCAAAGUCAGAGAGAUAACUAAAAAAGGGUGGGGCAUUUUACGUCGAUCUUUUGACUCUUCCCACUAACGUAAUUGGAUAAGAUCUUUUUAUGGCGGCUUUGCUGUGUACAACAGCAUAUUAAGUAAUGAUUAUUAACACAAAAAAUAAUUGAAUGACAUAAAAUUGGCAUGUAAGGUACAAGGAUAGAUUAACAUCAAAUGAAGAAGUGAAUGAAGGAAGCUAUAAAUCGAUGCGAAUCCAUGAAUCAGUUUGGUUCGAGAUUGUUGAUGAUUAUGAAUUUUAUUCAAGUGUCAAGAAACUCUUAGAACGACUAAUAUAACAAAUAUAUUAUUUACAGUGUAUAAAAUUUACAAAAAAAAAAAAGAAACACGCCUCCUAAAAUAUUAACCACAAGUUUUGAGAGACUCUUCAUAUAAAAAUAAUUCUUUAUGUUAAGAGGCCCUUAUCGUCUCGAAAUGUCACUUAGCUAGAACAUUGAUAUAUGGUUAUAGACAUUGUUAUCAGUAGUCCUCUACGCGAAGAAUUGUACUCUGUCAAGUCGAUUCGUUCUUGUAUAAAAAGCCUAUAAUAGUCCCUUUUUUCUUCCACGAAUUUUGAGAAGAAAUAAUGAGAACACUGCCAUUAAGAUUAUUAAGAUUAAUGUCAAGGUUCUUAUCAUAUCGAGGUUUUUUUUUGGAGGCAAGUUUGGGAAUGGAAAGCUCAGAGACGAAGAAGAAACUCUAAGUUAAGCCUCACGAAAAGCAGACCGCCGCCUAGCUAACACGUCAGCCAGGCGAUGUCACGCGCAAGUAAAUAAACUAACAUUUCAGGCAAUUUCAGGUAUACAUGCACAUUCCUCAGAAAUCUUGGAGCUGAAUUCUCCAAGGUGGAGCUUUCAAAACAAGAUAGUGACGAAAACUUAUUUCUUCAUUUAAUGAUCAAAUACAGGAAUUUGGAAGUGAGUUCUGAAAAUGUGUGUACUAGCACUUUUACUUUAAUUUUGUCCUUGAUUAGGUAUGGCAACUUAUACUGGACAACACUCAGGUCUGUUGGUGACAAUUUAGAUUUCAGCAAACUCAGCUGAACGAAAAAAAGAGAAAGUCAUGAUGUGGUGACCCUAAAGUUGAAAAGCUUCAAUUUUUUGGUAAAGUUUGAAUCAUUUCGGCAUCGGUCAUCCUAAGCAGAAAUUUUCUUUUUUUAUAAUCUCAAAUUUUCAGGAGAUAUCCUCACUAACUUUCCUCCAACCUGCUAGCUUGACUCAGGAAUAUACUCGGUAGAAUCUUUAAUCUGCAAACAAACUUAACAGGAUUUCGGUCAUCAGAAACACCGGCGAUGAGUUGGAACCAGCCGCCGGAUUUUUAACAAAUCCAGAAAAACCGCGAGACGAAACAAAAGAAACUCGCAAAACGUCACAGAGAAUGUAACUUUUCAUGACGUCCGAUUAUGCUAUGCACUCUACAAGGGGGCAAAUACUGUAGUUGAAAUUGAGUGCCUUAUUUUUUCAGUGCUCAAAGCUACUUAACUUUAGCAAUUAUUGGAGUCGGCUUUUGUAUGAUAUGGAGAAUUAUGCAGAUAUAGGAGGGUGUACGAAGGGAAGAAGACAUUCCGAAAUCUGCAUAAUUUUUCACAUAUCAUACGAAAGCCGAAUCCAGUAAUUGUUAAAAUAUAUUUGUUUAGGUAAACAUACGACUAUUCUCGUUCAACACAUUAGUGAAAAUAAAUUCCAACUUGAGUGACUUUGAAGAUGACUCUGAAGAUGACUUCGGCACAGUCAGGUUGUCGAAACGUCAAUCACUGUCAACAACAACAGUAAAACAUCCUAUUCAGGACUACGUUCACCCGGACGAUCAUACUCCUAGUCAACAUACUCAUGAGAAGUUUUAUGAUUACCCCAAUUCUAAAAAUGAAAAAAAUUCACCAGUCACAAUUGGUUUAUAACUGCUACUCUCUCGCGAGACUCUCAUACAUGAGAGGGGUGGACAAGCUUUUUGAGAAACAGGAAACGUGGACUAGUGUCUUUUGUUGCGCUAAUUUAGUUGACGAGAAGAUACAUUUGAAAUUUUCUUUCAAAAGUAUAGUUCAAUUUAUAAAGGGCCUUUCUAUUUCCGACACGAUAAUUAUUUACAGGAAAGGAAAUUGACUAAGGAAAGACUCGCUGCACGACAACUAAAGUGGACAUAAAAACAUUGAAUUGUACUUAGCUGUUUUUUUAGUAUUAUUCUACUCUUUGUAAAUUUUAAUAUCAGUUUCUCAUUUACCAAUAAUUUUAAGCAUCAUUUUAUUUCCUGGGCACUUAACCUGAUUACAGUGAACAUUACAUCUCUUGCCGGCGUCAGUGAUCCCAAUAACGACAUUUCAAACUAUUUAAUUCAAAGAUACUGAUUGAACUUUAGAGAUUCUAGAAUCACCAUCACAUUCGAAAAAAUAUAUCUGGUUCUAUUUUGGCAGUUAACAUUUCAUUUAGACUUAAGACAGUGAUAUUACAUGAGGAAGUUUAAGUCAACAGUUUUACUACACACUUUUUAAUAUGGCCUACGAGAUAAUUCCUAAGUUUAUUCAACGACGUUUUGCUCGUUUAAUUUUGCAGGCAUGAAUUAAUAACUUAAAAUGAUGACUUCCUUUCCGUCUCAGUAGCGAACGAUUAAUAAUGGCGUCUUGUCAAACAAAAUAUUUGUCAUUUUAAUUGUACAUUGUGAAAUAAAAAAGAUAAAAGGAAAGCGGCAUGUUGGGAAUAAGAAGUUCAACAACCCAGUUGACUAAUCGGUCAGUUGCAAGAACAUUUUCUGAAAUCGGUAGGUAACUUUCCCAAGCGCGGUUACUGGUUUUGUGAUUUUUUUUUGUACGUUCAGUUCCUGAGUCUACGUAAACAAGGCAUUUUCUUCUCAAAUUGAGCUGUUAGUAUUAGCUAAUACAAUUGAAUUCGUCGCUUUAAAGUGUAAGAAAGAUUUACCGCAUGAAGUUCCAACCUGCUAUUGCAAGUGCUUUUCGUUUAGAUAACCAAGAGGCAACCCAUGUGUUGUUCUUUCAUUCUGACUAUUCUACUAGAAACGGGAAAACAAAUACCGUAUUUUUCAUCAUAUAACAUCAGGGUAAAGUUCAUAAAUUUCGAGGUAAUAAUCUUUUAAAAUUGAAAGAAGGCUCUUGUCACUGUUUGUACGUCAUCAUGACAAAUGACAGUGUAUUGUUGGCAAAGCCUCUGCUUUCGCUAUUUUGUUUCACUCGGAGGAGCGAAUUAAUUCCUUUCCCCUAUUAGCAUGAUAAACAACAGCGAAUUUGUUGUUAAAACAUCACUAUUAUAUGAUUUAUUGUGCAAACGUUCCAUCAGGGGGGCAAAAUGUUUCUUAGAGAUCUCAAAAUGUUUAAUCAGUAAUCCAGAUAUUGGCGUCGUGAACAUUGGGUAUUCCCAAGUCCCAUUAUCGCUCUUGGUAUUUCUACGAUGAAAAAAGGCAAGUACUUGAUCAUGUCUGUAGCAGUAUCUGACUCUAAAUUUUGAAAUUCGUACUGUACUCAGUUAAAAGAAAAGAGACGGGAUAAAUAUUUGCUAUUCCACUUGUUAUGGCCGUUUAGCAUACGCCGGGUCUGACCAAGUUUAACCAGGAAUAUUUUUGAUCAGAUAAUAGACAGAGACAUCGUGAAUUGACAAAUUAUAAUCAUCCUAAACCAAAAAGGCGUCUUGCAAUUCCCUAACCCUGUGAUACAGAGUUUUAAAAAGUAUUCUUUUUAGCCCUGGUGAACUCCAAUGUUUACUUUGAAGCUCCUUCAUUAAAUAAGGAAAUUACUGAAACAACCGGCGCGUCAUACUGUGAAACAAUUUGUUGCAGCUGAUGUAGAGCCGCUGAGAUCACAACACCUAGUUCUCCUCUUUAGUCAGAAAGUCGUAGCUAGAAUUGCUGUUUCCCUGGACCCUACACCUCGACCGAGCGUGACAGAGAGAGGUUGAGACUGGGCUAAGAGAAAUGCUGAGAGACAAAUAACUUUGCUUCAUGACUAAAAAUUUUGACAAACACUUGGAACGAAAGAUUACGGAUAGAAACACUUAAGUUUCGACGUCUGUCUGCCGUCAUUAUUAAGCUUAAUUUACACAGUUGAUAAUGGAUAGAAUGGACUGAGGCAUCCAGUCGACAUUAUGAUUAUUAGGGACGGACCAUUAGAAAAGUUAUCGGGGGGAGGUAGGGGAGUUUUCGAGCCGCAGGAAUUUAUUUUUCGUUAUCAAAUUCCUUGUAUGAAUUUUUUUUAGGCCAUAGCAUGGAUAUUUUUUAGGAUUAAUUGGCGUGCAUUAAUUUUUUUCAUUUAAUUUUCCCUCACACGAAUAUUUUUUUUGUAUUUCAAGUUUGCCCCCCGCCCCCAUAAGUUUUCUAAUGAUCCGUCCCUUAUAAUGUAUCGCUGAGCUGCCUAAUGGGAGUGAAAUCGCAAAAAAUUAACUUGUUAACGAAUAGUUAUAAGAGUAAAUCGGUCUUAAACAAAAUAAGAUUUGCAUUUCAUUCUUAUGUGCAUGAAAGUUCAACAACAAGAUGAAUUAACUGCACAUUAGACCUAUAAUUAAUUUCACUGUUUUAAAUUGGCAUGAUAAGACAACUGCUCGCUCGUGAAUUUUCAUUCUCAGCAAACCAGACUCAAGAGAAACUUACAACAGUGAAAGUAAUGUUUACUCGUUGGUUCUGUCGUCGUUUUACAACUCAUCAAUUACACUAGAAUCAUUGCUCAACGGGGCUGGCAGCGCUAUUUCGGCUAUAAUACUUGGAUGUCUAUUUCGGAAGAGUUCCGAUUACAGAUUGGUACAGAUUGGUACAAAAUAAGAGUUUGACACAGGUAAAUGAACGACUGAAUGAGUGAAUGAGCAAAUAAACGAAUGACUGACUGGCAUGGCUGACUGACUAACUGAAUGAAUGAAUGGAUGGAUGGAUGGAUGGAUUAAUGAAAGAAUGGAUGGAAAACAAAAAAAACAACAACAAUAAACAAACAAAGAGUGAAUGAGCAAAAAAAAUGGCAAAGUUUUUAACGAAUUUUUCUGAUAAAUAGUUCAGUCUGGCUAAAGAUAAGAAAAAAAAUGGUUGUGCUAGUUUAUCAGGUUUGGAAUAUUCAACAUUGAGCAUCAUUGUAUAAAUGCAUCAGCCUGUUACCGAAUGUAAUCUGACAUGAUUUAAUCUAUAAAUAAGAAAAGAUUCCAGUUUUCGAUGAAAAUGUAAUUCCUCUUUUUUUCGAGGACUGUGAAUUAUUUUUCAAACAUCGUUAUCCUUGGCAAAAGGAUUCAUAUUGAUCGAUGUAGCGGUUUCAGAUCCCGCGUUAGAGAUGCCUGCCGUAGGGUGCUUCCGCUUUUAAAUUGAGAUUUUGAGUCCGAAAACGAUUAUAUUUUUGUUAAAAGAUUAAGAACGAUUUCCUAAACGAGAGCCGAAGGUGCAAGCUUCCCGGGGGAGAGGCGGGGAGGGGGAGAAUUUUUUAGAUUUGAACUCCCUAAAUUCCCCUCUCCUUGGGUUCUGAGUCAUUCAGACAGGAUAUUGAGCAGUUCCAUUCUCUUCGGAUGAAGCCUUGCAAAUCAGCGGAUUAUCAUCAAGGUAAAUUUCCAUGUUUUAUGUUGGAUAUGCCGGGAGCAACGUUUCAACUUGGAAGUUUUUUCCGAUCAAACUCAACCUACUUUUAAAAACAUAUUCAUUAUGUAAAAUCUAACCGAUUUCCUUAAAACGGUGGAAAUCGGUGUGGAUCAGCGCCUGUACGUUGCUCUCACACUAAUUACUGGAAUACACUGAGCUGAGCGCCUUGUCAGUAUUCAGUAAAGCGGAAAUCUUUACUUGAACUCAGCGUUGAAAUAAGCAGUCUAACGGCUAAUGACUCAUUUGGCAUUCAUUUCUCUCGGUUAUGACCUCUACAACGGAUCCGUAAUAGCUAUAUUAAAAAUAAGUGAGUUGUAUGACGUUCAUGGGAAAUGCGUUGAUUUACAGAGCUUUAAUAAUGAGGACAUAAAAAGAGCGUAAAUGUAAUGUUUAUCAAAGCUAUUACAGCUGAAAAUGUUGUUAUUGUAUCAUAAAAACUCAUUUGUAGUGCUGCAUUCUGUUUUUUUUUUCUAAGGCGUUUUUGCAUAUUAUGAAUCUUGUAUAUGGCGGGUCGCCGUGAGAACUUUCCAAAGCGUACAAAACUGAUUAUUUUAACAUAAAUCAGGGGUUUUUCGUCAUUCGCUAGUGCAGUAAUAAUCAUUUCAAGAUUAUUUUGUAUUUGCAGCCUGCAGAAUUGUGUCGUUUGAAAUUUAAAAGGUCUGGUUUGGAGAGGGCGCGAGUUUUGAGCUGUUGACCGCUUGGUGUGGAAAGGAUUGAUUACCUAAACGUAACCUAAUGAUUGUCACCGAACCUGCGUCAGUAGCAAAAGUAUUACCAGAGAACAAAGUUUUUGCAGCAAUAUAAUAGUUCGGCUUAUCUUUGUACCACAAAACUUUGUUUUUGUUUUGAUUUCUAAAACCUCUCCAGCUGCGCAUAUGAUAAAGUAAUGGGUUAUUCAAAAUCGCUAAGAUGUACUGGGAUCCCAAGUUCUCAAUAGAUCGUUAAUGACCAACACGCAGCACACAUUUUAGAUCUCUGUGGCUUUAAGUAAUUUCUUCGUUGGGUUUCUCCUUGAAAUGACAGGCAGCUCGGCGGCAACCAAAAAAGCAAUACCGGUGUUGUUUUAUUCAAAAGUAAUAUGAUUUUUUUUCUAUAACGGCGGGAAAACGUUAAGCCGCGCAAAAAAGGGAAAGGAGUGCUUAUAAUGGUCAAUUAAAAACAGGAACAAACAACAUUAUGUACUUCAAAACGUGUGUUCAGCUUAAAUAACUGACUUUCCAUUUUUGGUGUAAUUACUAAAUGACUAACAUCUUUAAGAAGUCGCUGGUCUUCUUUGGAUGGUGGUUUAUCAUCAGCAUCAGCAAAACACAGCCAAGUAGAAUUAUCCUCAUAUAAAAAAUACUCAGGAAAUGAACAAAGGCAUUUCAUGUCAAUCCAGUCCAAAUUUCCGGAACAAGUAUUGACAGAAUUGAUAUUCAUAGUUUACUGCAAAAGGAAAUUGUUUUAUAUCUUUUUCUUUGUGACAAGGAAAUGAUAUCACACUCAUUGUGAUGUAAGAUAAUGUUCUUAAAAACGUAGUUCACACAAGUUUAAUAUUCAUCUUUUCCUUCAACAGCGGAAGCACAUGUGCUGUAAAAACCUCCGGCUUCAUUAGGAAGAGAGCUGUACGAUCUUUACCUUAGAGUAUUCAAUCAGCAAACAGGAAAUAUCCUUAAUGUAGCUGAAACCUGAGGAACACUCGCUAGAAAUGACUUCAUACUCGCUGGAAACCAUUUUAACGUCCAUCUUUAUGUUAACUGUAUCCAUUGUGGCUGUUUUCGGCAAUUUGCUGGUGAUCGUUGCGAUCUUGUGGAACAGAAGACUUCGUACGGUGUGCAAUUUUCUUUUCCUUAACCUAGCUGUAGCUGAUAUGCUUCAAGGAGCUAUUGCCAUGCCGCUUCGUCUUGCCGAUCAACUCAAUCAAACUGGCAAAAAACCAUUAAUACCAUGCCUGGUUGUUAUACCUUUAACUGUGUUUUUCUUCGGUGCUUCAAACUUUAACUUGACUCUGAUAAGCCUUGAUCGAUAUUUUGCAUUGAAAAAGCCUUUUCUAUACCCUCUCUUCGCUGUACAUUGGAGACUGGCUCUUAUUGUCGCGGUUUCUUGGGUGAUCAUUUUCAUCAUCGCCUUCUUGCCUAUUAUGGGAUGGGGAGCUGCUGUUACUGCUGAAGUGACUGAGAUCUGCUUGUAUUCCACCACGCUGAGCAGAGAAUACCUCUUUGUGUUAUUUUCCAUCGUCAAUUUAGCUGUGAUCCUAAUACUGGCAUUUACCAACUAUUUCAUCCUAAAAACUGCCAGAAGACAAAUCCGUCGCAUUAUUAACAGCAAUCACCAUGCAGCAUCUUCAACGGAGGGACCAUCUGUGAUCUACAAGGAGACUGCAGCGACUGAGGUCUCAACCUUCCGAUCCUAUGCUGACAGCGACCCGACUAGUGCUGCCGACCAAGUACAAAAACCGAGAGCCGGCAGCAAUAGGGAGCGAAGGGCGACGAAGAUUGUUCUAAUCGUAGUCGGUAUCUUUGUGUUUUUGACAACGCCAAUCACAGUGAUUGACAUUAUCAGUCUAUUGGGUUGUCCUUCAUGUACGCCUCUCACUGUUGUCAAGGUAACCGUGUUUAUGGCGUACGCGAACGCCUGUAUCAACGUUUUUAUAUACGCUGGCUUCAACACAGAAAUGAGAAAUACAUGGAUUGCUAUUUACCGGACAAUUAAACAAGCUGUAUUGAUUCGUUUUAGAGGAGACCAAGCAAUGAUCAUUGCCUGA